AUGGGGGAAGAAUGUGCCGUAACAGAUCCAGCCGAAGCUCGUAAACGCCGCAAGGCAAUUAUCGUUUCGCAGCGGAUGGAGUCCGAGGCGAACGAGGGAAAUUCCGAAGGAGAAUCGAAUCAUGAGGAGGCAGCCGGCCCGCCGCCAGCGGUCGGUGCAUCAUCCGACAGCGUGUCUUCAUCGUCUCCGCCGACCAAAAAGUCCAAGGAAGACCCCGGUGACAAUAGUAAGAAAACGCAGAUUCGGUACGAUCCGGAUGUCCCCAUGCCCAAAGAUCAGUUGGCGGCUUGGCGUCGCGAAGCCCGACGGGUGCGAAACCGAGAAUCCGCGGCGGCUUCGCGUGCUAAGAUUCGAUGCCGCAUCACCGAACUUGAAACCGAGGUUAGUGGUUGGAAGGAUAAAUACACACAAGCAAUGGAACGCUUGGAAGAGCUACAGGGUGCCGCAGAAACGCAGAAAAUCUCCGAAGCAUCUUCCAACACCAUCACUAAGGCUUGAAAUCGUGUCGCUGUACUAGUGUUCGAGUCAAAACGCAUUGCUGUGGCUGGGAGACGCUCUCUUUGGUUGGGAACUAUUUGGAAAGUAUGAACGCCCUUUUUGUGA